CCCGCCGUGCGGCUCCGUCCCCGGCUUUGUUGUGCUCGCCGCCCGGGCUCCGGGCGAGGGGGCGGGGAAGCGGAGGGAAGGGAAGCGGGGAAGGCGGCCGCGUCUCCUCCUCCGCCUCCUCCUCGGCCCCGGCCCCGCUCAUGGCGACGCUGGGCACAUCCGGGCUUCUCCUCCUCCUCCGGCGGCCGCCGCUGCCCUGAGCGCCCAGCCCGACUCCAUUAGCGCCUCCCCUCCCCCCGUCUCCCUUCCCGGACCCAGAGGCAGGGGGAGCCCCGGGCAAGGCAGCGCCGAGCCCGCGGAGCGGCCGGGGACAUGUCCAACCAAGGGGCCCGGCGGAACGGGCCCGUCAAGCUGCGACUGACAGUACUGUGUGCAAAAAACUUGGUGAAAAAGGAUUUUUUCCGACUUCCUGAUCCAUUUGCUAAGGUUGUGGUGGACGGAUCUGGCCAAUGCCAUUCUACAGAUACUGUGAAGAAUACACUUGAUCCAAAAUGGAAUCAGCAUUAUGACCUAUACAUUGGGAAGUCGGAUUCAAUAACAAUCAGUGUGUGGAAUCACAAGAAAAUUCAUAAAAAGCAGGGAGCUGGUUUUCUGGGUUGUGUGAGACUUCUUUCAAACGCAAUCAACCGCCUCAAAGACACUGGUUAUCAGAGACUGGAUCUGUGCAAGCUUGGGCCAAAUGACAAUGAUACUGUUAGAGGACAGAUAGUAGUAAGUCUUCAGUCCAGAGACCGAAUAGGCACAGGAGGACAAGUUGUGGACUGCAGUCGGUUAUUUGAUAAUGAUUUACCAGAUGGGUGGGAGGAGCGGAGGACUGCUUCUGGAAGGAUCCAGUAUUUAAAUCAUAUUACACGAACAACUCAGUGGGAGCGACCCACACGGCCAGCAUCUGAAUACUCCAGCCCUGGCAGGCCGCUGAGCUGUUUUGUGGACGAGAACACUCCAAUUACAGGAACGAACGGUGCAACCUGCGGGCAGUCAUCGGAUCCCCGGCUGGCAGAGAGGAGAGUCAGGUCACAGAGGCACAGAAAUUACAUGAGCAGGACACACUUGCACACUCCUCCCGAUUUACCUGAAGGAUAUGAGCAAAGGACGACUCAGCAAGGUCAGGUCUAUUUUCUGCAUACUCAGACUGGUGUUAGCACGUGGCAUGAUCCAAGAGUACCUAGGGAUCUUAGCAACAUCAAUUGUGAAGAGCUUGGUCCACUGCCUCCUGGAUGGGAGAUCCGAAAUACAGCAACAGGCAGAGUUUAUUUUGUUGACCAUAACAACAGGACAACGCAGUUUACAGAUCCACGGCUAUCUGCUAACUUGCAUUUAGUCUUAAACCGCCAGAAUCAACUUAAAGAUCAGCAACACCAGCAGCAGCAGCAGGUAGUGUCCCUGUGUCAGCUUCCAGAUGAGGCAGAGUGCCUGACUGUGCCGAGGUACAAGCGAGACCUAGUGCAGAAACUCAAGAUCCUGAGGCAAGAGCUGUCACAGCAGCAACCUCAAGCUGGCCAUUGUCGUAUUGAGGUCUCCAGGGAAGAGAUUUUUGAGGAAUCCUACAGGCAAGUCAUGAAGAUGAGGCCAAAAGACCUGUGGAAACGAUUAAUGAUAAAAUUUCGUGGGGAGGAAGGCCUUGAUUAUGGAGGUGUUGCCAGGGAGUGGCUCUACCUACUGUCUCAUGAAAUGUUGAAUCCAUAUUAUGGUCUCUUCCAAUAUUCCCGAGAUGAUAUCUAUACAUUGCAGAUCAACCCAGACUCUGCAGUCAACCCGGAACACUUAUCGUAUUUCCAUUUCGUUGGACGGAUAAUGGGGAUGGCUGUGUUUCACGGACACUAUAUUGAUGGGGGCUUCACGUUGCCUUUCUAUAAGCAGUUGCUAGGGAAGCCAAUUACUUUGGAUGAUAUGGAAUUGGUUGACCCUGAUCUUCAUAACAGCUUAGUCUGGAUACUUGAGAAUGAUAUCACAGGAGUCUUGGACCAUACAUUUUGUGUAGAACACAAUGCAUAUGGGGAAAUUAUUCAACAUGAACUGAAACCCAAUGGCAAAAGCAUCCCUGUGACAGAGGAAAACAAAAAGGAAUAUGUCAGACUUUAUGUAAACUGGCGAUUUUUACGAGGAAUUGAAGCUCAGUUUCUGGCUCUACAGAAGGGAUUUAAUGAAGUAAUCCCACAACAUCUGCUGAAGACAUUUGAUGAGAAAGAGUUAGAGCUCAUCAUUUGUGGACUGGGAAAAAUUGAUGUUAAUGACUGGAAGGCAAAUACUAGGUUAAAACACUGUACCCCGGACAGCAACAUCGUGAAAUGGUUCUGGAAAGCUGUGGAGUUUUUUGAUGAAGAGAGGAGAGCGAGACUUCUCCAGUUUGUGACUGGCUCAUCCAGAGUGCCUCUGCAGGGCUUCAAGGCAUUACAAGGUGCUGCAGGCCCACGACUAUUUACAAUACACCAGAUUGAUGCCAGCACUAAUAAUUUGCCGAAAGCUCAUACCUGCUUUAACCGAAUAGACAUUCCUCCUUACGAAAGCUAUGACAAGCUAUAUGAGAAGCUGCUAACUGCCAUUGAAGAAACAUGUGGGUUUGCUGUGGAAUGACCCUUCACAGGCUUACCUGAGACUCUAUUUAUACUCCUGUCAGCCAGAAAGCCCUUCCCUCAGCCAAGACUCAAGAAAUGCUUGAAAUACAGGAAACUUUCCCUUUUCUACACUAGGACACUGGGAGGGAAAGGAUAACUUUGGAAUUUUUUUUUUAAUUAUUUUUAUUUCAAGAAAAUAGGUUCUGUGGUUCCUACCAUAGAAUCAUUCAGCUGCUAUUAAAAAACUAAUAUCUUGAACAUACAGAAUGCUGACUUUUCCUACAUUUCAACAGUUAAGCAGUAUUCUAUACUUAAAGACUACUACUAUUUUUGUAAAAGGUAAUCUAUUAUAUUUGCCUACCUGAUUUCUAUUCUCAGAUACCAAGACACAACUUCAGCAGUCGGUACAAGUCACGUUUCAGCCUGUUUUAAAUGUAUGAUACUGAACAGCAUCUAUACUUGCUAUUUUUGGAAAAAAUAUUUUGGAUUAUUCUAACUUUGCAUAAAAUUGGCUGAAAGAAUCAUUAAUCUUUUUAAUUAAAGCCACUUACAUGUUAACUGCAUUUUCUUAUAGUAAAACAUUAUAUUCUGCAAUGUAAAUUCAACUUAAAUGUUACCACAGGGGGCUUUUUUUAUAUUUUUGAAGCAUGAAUUACAAAUACGAUGUUUUGGGGUCCUAUUUAUAUCACUUGUCAGAUUCCUUAAACAAAAUUUCUAGUGUGAGUGACACAUACUGUCUUUGGUACAGUACUUGUGUUAACAUGUAGAAUAGACCUUUUUUAAUGAACAGUAGACAUUUUGAUUUUUUUAAAACAGCAUUUUUCUAACAAGUCUGUCAAGAGUAUUUUUUGUUGCUUUUGACUUUAAAUUUAAACACUGCAUUUUUCAACUUUUUAACCAUGCUGAUGAGGUGAUAUUUGACAGCAUAAGCCUGUCAGCAGUUUGUUUCAGAACCCAUCCUGUCCAGUCAACCAAAGUUUCUUUGAAUGCAGCCAAAUCAUAUUAUAUAUUUGUUGAUGCUAAAGAUUUAUCAGGUAAAACAUGUUGUAAUCUUUGUCUAGCUGCUCACGACAUGUGGGUUUAAGUUACAACUAAGGAAAAAUGGUGUAUUAACUGAAAUAUGUGUAAUGUGCUUUGAAAAUGAGGUUUUAAAAGCACAUAAUUUAUUGAUUGUAGGGAUGGAAGUAAGUAUAUAUAUGAAUUAUAACAUGGGUUGAUCUCUUCAAAGGGGAAUAAAAUGCACUACCAGUAGAGGGAACUGAACUUUUUGAAGUUAGUUUGGAAAUUCUCAGUUAAGAUCUGUAUGAUCUGCUCGUGGUGUGUAGAUAAAUCAGUCUGCUUAAGAGAUGGUGGCAUUCUCCUCUCAGCGGUGAGAAUAUUUGGAAUAAGUAGCGGUUUUUUUCCAAUCAGUGUUGUGUUUCUUUAACUUAGGUUACAAUUAAUCAUCAAAUCUGCACUAUUUUUACACUGCCAAUGAGAAGAAAGUCAAGGGUAUUGAAAAUGCUAAAAGAAUGGGAUGUAAACAGCUGUUCCAUUUUUGCAGUGUAAGUCACACAGAACUAGCUAAUUUUCUGUCUCUUCUAUGGAACUUGAACUUAAUUUUGUUCUGCCAAAUCUGACUGCCACAGUGAGUAAACUACUACUGGAUGUUGUGUAUUAGAAUAGCGGGCAAUGGACUACUUUUGUAGAAUUGUGGUAAGAAUCUGGUGAGCCAAAUCCACAUGUUCAUUUGAUUAUUUUUUUUUUUUUGUACAGCUGUUGCUGGAAGGUUUGUUCUAAGAGACUUGCUUCCCAUUCUGGGCUGGCUGCAGAGAUGAGGCUACUUAGGGAUGUAAACAUAAAGCCAAGAAACUUGCUUUGACAGCCAGGUUUGAAAUAUAUCAGACCCUUUUUUUUCUUCAUUUCAAGGGACUAUUGCACUCAUGUAAAAUGGCUGGUACCUUUGCAUCUACAGUUGGAAUCCCUAUUUCACAGCUUUCAGGUAAUACUCUUACCAGAGAAACUACCACUAUAUCUGUCCAGGUUGCCUGGGAGAGCAAAGUAGGUUGUUGCCCCGUGUGUUUCUUGCUCAGUACUGCUGCCUGUGGUUGGGACCACUGCUUUAGACACUCCCAAAGACCUCUUCUCACCCCUCCAAGUUUUGAGGUAUGAUGUGAAUUGCAAUUUGCAGAGAUUUUACAGAGACAGGUUCUUUUGACCACUGUUCACAGGACAGAGACUCCAGUGUUCUAUGACUGAUUUUUUUUUUUUUUUUUAACCUUUUUCCCCGCCCUGCUCUUGCUCAGGCUUAUGGCUGCAGCCUCCCUGGUCAUGGAACAUGAAAAAUGUAAAAUCCCGUUUGAUCCAGCUUUCGGGAGAAGUCAGGACUUUGUUAGGCGAUUCCAAGGGGAAGGGAUGCUGCUGUUCCCAUUGCACCAGGCAGCUCACCUCAGCACUAUUCAAAGACUGUCUCUGUAGCGUCUCCUGACCAUGUCAUCUGUAACCGCCUCCCAGGAACCUUCUCCCUGUCAGCCCACUUAGGCUGGUAAAUCUUUGAAUGUGUAGUUAUGGCCACCCUUAUGUCAUCAAAGCUUUUUUGAGGAGGGAGGGGAUGAGCUCUGCAGAAUAUAGACUCUAGAUCAGCUGAUAAAUACCAUUCAUUUUCACAGCAGCCUUAGCAGUACAUCUGUUUGUUCUACCAAACAGUUUGGUAUGGCAUAGAGAAUUUUUUUAACUGCCACAGAUAAAUAUUGUAAAUUUUUAAUAUAUUAUAGGCAAAACUAGACAAAUCUACGUUUGACUUUCCAUAGCUGACAGAUGAGGAUGAAUAUACCAAGUAUUCUGAGUGCCUUUCUACCUUCAUAAUGACUGAGAGCUUUACCUAAAGCACCUCAUCACCUAGUCAGAUGUUUAUCUGAAAAUGUUAAAGGGUUGAUUCCUUUGCAAAACUUAGUUUCAAGAUCAUGUCAGCUACUUUCCCCUCAAAAAGGUGCUAAGCCUAAUAUUGCAUUUUAACCUUGGACUUUCACCCCAUGAUUAAUGUGAAUAUUUAUUUCAAUGUGUCCCUCUUACUGGGUUUUACUUUAUCCAGUCUUUAGUUGUUUUAGAGAGAUGUCACAUCAUGGUUUUAUGCUGUUGCUUUUCAUUAUGAAUGUUUAAUUAUGAACAGUGACUUUUGUAGAUUACAAAUAUACAGUACACAGUUGAGUUUCAGAGGAUUUAAUUUCUCGGUGUAAAGAGUUUUGUAAUGGUGCUUUGUACAGUAUGUAUUCUAAUUUUUUUGCACAUAGUUUCAGUUUCCCUAAACUGAUUUAUUUGUACCAAAUUUUUGUGUUGUACUAAAGUCCAGAGCACACAAGCCGUUUUUAAAUUCUUGUUCUACAACACUACAUCUGUAUUGAACUUCUGGUGCGUUUAAACUGGCUGCAUUGAUGGAAGUAAAAGCUUUGCUUCUAUAUCAUAAGUAUGCAUCAUACAGCUUAAUGUAGCAUGCUCCAAUUGCUUCAGAUUUUAAACAGCACCAUAUAGUUAACAGGUGCCAUUUGUUGUACUUUACACUAUGUAGUAGGUUUCUGGCUCUACCACAUCCUCAGAGCUUUGUUUGUAGUUGUAAUUAGUUUAUACAAGUGUAAUUACUCCUCCACAAACUGACAGUUCUUAGUUUAUCAUUUCCAUUGUAUUUAUUACAGAGUGUUUUAGCAUUGAUAUCAUUGUAUUUUCACCCAGCUGUUACAUGAGCUUUAACAAAAAAAAAUCUGUAUAAAAUGGUUUUUAAGUACUUAAUGUAUGUACCCAUGCAGAAGUUGAGCAAUAAAUUGUAUGCUGUUUGCACUGUCACAGCAUCAAUGGUUUUAAAAGUU